AUGGCGGAGAAAGAAGAAGUGAAGCUGUUGGGAAUAUGGGCAAGCCCUUUCAGCCGUCGGAUCGAGAUGGCACUGAAACUCAAAGGCAUACCGUACGACUACGUCGAAGAAUCAUUGGAGAACAAAAGCCCUUUGCUUCUUGCUCUCAACCCCAUUCACAAGAAAGUCCCUGUUCUUGUUCACAAUGGUAAACCCAUUCUCGAGUCACAUGUGGUUCUCGAAUACAUCGACGAGACUUGGAAACACAAUCCCAUUCUCCCUCAGGAUCCUUUUGACAGAUCUAAAAUCCGAUUCUUUGCCAAACUCGUCGAUGAACAGAUUAUGAAUGUGGGAUUUACAUCAAUGGCAAAAGCAGAACAGAAGGAAAGAGAGGUUCUUGCCGAGCAGACAAGAGAACUGAUUAGUUAUCUUGAGAAGGAACUUGUCGGAAAAGAUUUCUUCGGCGGUAAGAGUGUCGGAUUCUUGGAUCUAGUCGCCGGAAGUAUGAUUCCGUUUUGUAUGGAAAGAGGUUGGGAAGGAAUGGGAUUAGAAGUGAUUAAAGAUGACAAGUUUCCAGAAUACAAGAGAUGGGUGAAGAAUUUGGAAAAGGUUGAGAUUGUGAAAGAUUGUAUUCCUCCAAGAGAGAAACAUAUUGAACACAUGAAUUAUAUGGUUAAGAGAAUCAGAUCUUCUUAA